AUGGCACAUAAUCUUUACAUUGCCAUUUGCAAUUCACUAUGGUAUGAGACAAUAAUGAACAAAAUGGAAUGUGUAAAAAUGGUUGCCUGCAUAUGGAUUAGUGGUAUUCUUUUUUCAGCAAUUCACACUGCUACCACUUUUGCAAUACUCCUUUGCUCCAAUGUUUUAGACCAGUACUUCUGUGAAAUACCCCAGAUACUCAAGCUCUCCUGCACAGACUUAUAUCUAGCUGAAAUUCAUUUACUUUUUGUCAGUGUUAUUGUUGUUCUUGGUUGCUUUAUUUUUAUCAUUGUAACAUAUGUGCAAAUCUUCACUACUGUGCUGAGAAUGCCUUCUGUGCAGGGAAGGCAAAAGGCCUUUGCAACUUGUCUCCCUCACCUUAUUGUGGUCUCCAUGUCUAUAUACACUGCAAUCUUUGCCUACCUGAUACCUUCCUCUAAUUCCCCAUCAGAUCUAGGCUCCAUAUUUGCAGUUAUAUAUUCUGUGAUUCCACCCAUUGAUCUAUAG